AUAUAUGGGUUUUAAUGAAAGAUGGAUUAAACUGAUCAUGAUGGGCGUUAAAGCUCUCCGAAGGCAGAGUUUAAAGGACAAAAUAUUAGGAAUUAAUAAAGAUUGUAAAGAUAUUGUUGAAGAAGAUGAAAUUGAAGACCUGGAAGAUGAGGAUAUAGACUUGAAGAGUGAGGAUGAGAGUGUUAGUCCGUUAUCUACGGAAGACAAGACUUUUAUUCAAUCACAAUUUAUGAAAUUGCAAGAUGAAAUCAGGAUAGACUUGGAUCAACAGAACACGGUCGAUGCGUCGACCGAUCCUCAAUCCCACAGCGGCAUCACCGAACCUUGCCUUCCUCUUCCAAACUCUGGGGAUUCCGUACAGCGCUUCUCCUGGUCCUAUAUUUUUUCUCGGCCUUUUUCUUUAUCUCGCAUUCUCACAGGACUUUGGCUGUUAAAACGCGAAGUGAUGGAAAAGAUACCCCAACACCGAUUUUCACAGGGAUUUGCUGUUGGCGGAUUUGUAGUCUGGGCCUGGAUGAGAGUCUCUCAGACGGCAAGGAAUUGGUGA